AUGAGUAUAACUAUUUCAUCUGGUUUACAUCGUUCACAUUCUGAUCGUGACCUAUUAUUAAAUGAACGUCGUUUAACUCGUGCUCGUUUAAAUAGUUCAUCAUCAUCAUCAAAUCUUGCAUCAUUAUCAUCAUCAUCAAAUGUUCAUUCUAAUACAACAACAGUAUCAUCAUAUUCAACAUCAUCAUCAUCAACACCAGCAUGUCUUCCAUGGGAUCGUUUACAAAAAUGGUUAUAUGGUAUUGCUAUUGUAACAUUUGAUCUUGAAUUAGGACAAUCAAUAGAAUAUCUUUUACCAAAUCAUUGUAAAUUAACAGAUAAAGAAAAAUUAAAUUUAUCUUAUUUAUCAUUUCCUGAUACAAAUUCAACAUGUCUCGGUGAUUUUCAAUAUCAUUUUCGUAUAAAUCAUGAAUCAUUUAAUUUAACAACUGAUUAUCAAUAUUAUAAUUCAAUUGUACCAUCAGCAUUACAAGUUGAUAAUAAUUCAUUAUUUGGUUUUGUUAAUUUUCGUCAAAUACACGAUAAAACAAUAAAACGUGGAUUUUUUCAAAAAUCAUUUGUUAUUUUAUCAAAAUUACCAUUUAUUUCACUUUUUUUAAAUAUUGUUAAUCAACUUGCUAUAAAUUAUUUUGAAUAUGGUUUAACAAGUUUAGAAACAUGUUGUCAUUCAAUGGAUUGUCAAUGGCCAGAACCUGAACCUGGUAAAACAUUAUUAUUACCUUUAUUAGAUAGUGUUCUUCAAGUACGCAUUCCAACACAUGGUGAUAAACCAUUUUCAUCAUCAGAUCUUAUACAAUUUCGUUCAAUUGUUAAUGAAACAAUGACAACAAAUAUAAAUAGUAAUAAUCCUAAUCAAAAUCAGUCAUUUAAAUUUCCUCUCGAUGAUGAUAUUGAAAUUGAUAUGCCCACAAGUAAUUUAUCUGAACAUGAAAUAACAAAUAAUAAUAAUACAACUGUUGAAUCUGUUACAAAAAAUGAACAACAACGACAACAACAACAAUUACCAUGUCUGAUACCAUUUGUAUAUGAUGUUAAUACAUAUCAAUCAUUAUUAUGUGUUUUAACACAUAUUCAACUUUUAUGGGAAUUAGUUUUACUUAAUGAACCAAUUGCAAUUCUUGGAAAAUUUCCAACAAAAUGUUCACAAACUGUUCAAGCUCUUGUUCAUAUCAUAUGGCCAUUACGAUAUGCAAAUGAUUACCGUCCAUUUUUUACAAUUCAUAAUAGUGAAUUUCAUGAAAUAACAUUUAAUUCUUCAAAAAAAUCAUCAUUAUCACCGCCAAAAAUUAUUCUUGGUGUAACAAAUCCAUUUUUUGCUAAACUUCUUCAUCAAUGGCCACAUAUAAUUUGUGUUGAUGAUGAUGAUCAACAACAAAAAUCAAUAAAAAAACGUGAAAAUUUUCUUCUUGUAGAACAUGAUGAUGAAGAUAAUUUAUCUGUAAAUGAAUUAGAUGAUGAUAUUGAAUUAUCAUCAUUAUCAUCAUCAUCAUCAUCAUUACAAAUGGAAAAAAAAAUUCAAAAAAAAAUUUCAACAACUUCAAAACCAUAUAAACCUGCUUAUACAUUAAAUACUAAUUCAUCACAUUUAAUAUUUGUUACAAAAAUUGGUUUAUAUACAAAAUAUAAACCUUAUUUACAACGUGAUAAAAUUAUAUUAAAAAAACUUCGAUCAACUAAUUCUCAACAACGUCCUGAUACCGUACAAAAUGCUUUUUUACGUCGUUUUUUUCUUGAAUUAACACAAAGUUUUAUUAUACCACUUGAACGUUAUUUUUCUAGUCUUUUACCAUUACGUAAAUAUUAUCAUGCUAAUCGUGAACCACCAAUAAUAAAAAAAUUUGAUAAUGAAGAAUUUCUUAAAACACUUGAUCAAUAUGGACCACAAUUAACAUCAGGUUUAAAAGGUGAUUGGAAAGAAUUAUAUAAACAUUUUUUAACAACACCAAAUUUUCAUUUUUGGUUAUUAAAUCGUGAACAAGAAGCAAAUGCUAAAAUUUAUUCAUUAUAUAUUGAAACAAUAGCAUAUUGUCGUUUAGAACAAGAUUUUAAUUUAUCACAAUUAAAAGAAAUUCAAAUAAUUGAUUUAGUUAUUAAAUUAAAAGAUUUAAUUCAAUAUUUAGAAACAAAAAAUGAUGAUUUAUUAAUAAGAAUUGAUCAAAAUGUAAAGAAUGAUUAUUUAGAAAGAAUUAAAUUAAAAAUGAAAAUAAUUGUUGAAGAAAAGUUAUCUGAUGAUAUGAAAACAUUAUUUCAUAAACCAAUGAGUCUUUCUUCAUCAUAA